AUGGAUUUGGAAUCUUUGUCGAAUGAAGCCAAAGAAAAUGGACAGGCUUCAAAAAGCCCAAUAAAUGUCAUCAACUAUACCGAAUUUGUUGACACAAGAGACAACAGUGAAGAUAUUGAGGUGAUGGAAGUCGUUGUUGCCAGUGCUGAGAAAACCGCAAAAAGAGGAGCUGCCGAUAUUCACGAUAACCACACUCCGAAUAAAAAGAUGAGAAAGAGAGGAUCCUUCCAAAAGCAUGAUGCACCAGAAGAGGCUGACGUCAACAAACGGACCACCAGAAAUUCAGCCGCAAACAAUGAAGAGGUCAAGAGCACACCGAACUCACUGUCAAACACGGCCAGCAAAUCGGCAACCACAACGCCAACUAAAGCCGACCGAGCAGCCGAAGGUUUGAUCUCCAGGAUUUUGGCAAAGAAGGCUGAAAGAAAGAGCCUGCCGACGCGGGAGUUAAGUCAUGAAAAAUCUGAUAGUUAUUCGGAAAGGGGAUCUGCACGCAAAUCUCUACGACUUCUGGCUGAUGGCACUCCUUCGGAUACGGUAAUUUUUAAAAAAAGAGGUUUAUUUCGAAGUUUAGAAUGGUAGAAAGUCGACUCGUCAAGCUGGGGAUGACGCCGCGAUAAAGCUUUGCGAAUCAUGCCCGAGUGUUAUUUCGGAAAAGCACUUGAGAUGCAGGUAUGAAUACGGAAUGGCACAUAAACACUUCCUCUUGUGGCUAUUAAUUUCUUAAUUAUCAAAAUUUCAGCCAAUGCCAAGAGAGACAAGACGAAAUCAAAGAAAUAAAACAGAAAAGAUAUUUAGAGAAAAAGCGUCAAUAA